AUGGAUAAUCGUCACCUGCUAAAUAGCCACAAUGAAUUGAUUCCAAACGGACGUACUUCCAUGCCUGUUGCACCGCACAAAGAAACUUCGCUGGAGUCUAUUUUUGUCACCGAUUCGCGGACGACCCCAACGCUAAUUCCUACUCCAAUGAACGUCAAAAUUACUGCAGAAGGUUUGAAAAUGGAACCCGGACUUGAGGCUCAGCUGGCUGGGCUACAGACCUCGGCUUGUGGGCCUGUUACAAUGGCUUCUCUGCCUAUUAGCGCACUGAAUUCGAGUGAAAAACUGAACGUUCAAGUGAGCGAUUUGGAAAAUAUUCCCAUUUUGAAUCCCAUCGAUGGACGUGCUGUGGAUCUACAAUCUUUGGCUGCCAACAAUCAAUCUAUACCAGGUGUGCAAAUGGUAAAGCUCACUCUUAUCAACUGUGGCGAUCAACAGACGAUUUUGCUGACGACUCCUUCAGGACCACUGAGUGGUUGGGACCAGUCAGCAGACGGUCUUACAAUCACCAUUCCCGAAAACCUUCUGGGCGGAAACGAUUUGAACCUAGCGGGGCUAUCCACAGUACCUGUUGCCAGCAUCCCUCAAACGCAGCCUCCUGCACUUGAGCCCGAACCUUCGGGUAUUUCUGAUAAGAUGAACUAUGCCACGAUUACCUCUCUACCUCCCAUCACCUCGGUAUCCGACAAGCUCUACGCACAAAAAGUCCCAACUACUUCUCCGUCGAUGGUUGAAGCUACCCAAAACUACGCCCUUCAAGAUCUUGUUCCCCUUCUCACAAGCAAUGGUGAUAAAAUGAAACUGUUGGAUAAGGCAGCCCCAAGUUCCAGUGUUUUCCAGACCAGCACAGCUGAUUUCUUUCAAGCACCCACUGUUCCCAUUACUCUCAAUCUGCCCGCUGAAUCCUCUGUUUCUCUAAUGGAUUAUGCUACAACGGAACUUAAGAUCGCAAGACCCAUAAGUCCAGAUGAUCCUAGUCCACCUAGUAACCAUGCCGAUAAUCUGAGUGACGCAGAUCGUGAAACCAUGAGUCCCGGAAUCGAUUGUACAGAAAUAAACACAAGGGAACUCGCGUUGCAGAUCAGCAGUGAAUUGAAGCGGUACAGUAUUCCUCAGGCGGUAUUUGCUCAAAAGAUACUCCAUAGAAGUCAGGGUACUCUCUCCGACCUUUUGAGGAAUCCCAAGCCCUGGAGUAAGCUGAAGUCUGGCCGUGAGACCUUCAAGCGAAUGUGGAAGUGGUUACAUGAACCACAGCCUCAACGUAUGGCCGAACUCAAAGCUGCAACUACCGAAACGGAGAUCUAUCCUCCAAAGCGCAAGUCCAAUGAGGUGAAGUCAGGUGAAGAGAAGUCUGUCAAACGACCUCGUCUUGUCUUCACGGACAUUCAGCGGCGCACACUGCAUGCCAUCUUUAAGGAGACAAAAAGACCAAGUAAAGAGAUGCAGGUAACGAUAGCUCAACAGUUGGACCUCGAGGUCUCAACUGUGGCCAACUUCUUCAUGAAUGCUCGCAGACGCUCCGUGGAUAAAUGGCAAGAUGAUAACGAAGUUAGACAAAAUGACUCUCCAUCGCCAUCACACAGUGUUGACGCCACAUCGCCCACACAGCCUUCACAGGCUACAGCCAACUCUCAACCUUCCAAUCUCCACACAGUAUCCGUUUCCUCUGCUUCUUCCAACGAUCCACUGUUGGCUUCCCAAGUCCUUCCUCCUGACAGUCUUCAGGAUAAUCCUUUGCUCUCGUCAAGUGCUGCGACUGGUGUUGAUUUUUCAGACUCUCCGGCUCCCCCUAGUCUUACCCCGGACACCGUAGUGAAUAACAGUCUCGCUUUGGCUGGUGGUGAUCUGCCCACCCAGGUUCCAGUUUCCGGUGGCAUUCUCGUCACAGCGUCUGCUCCCUCGGACACCAAUCCUACCACUGCUGUUCCGCAACUGCUCACCCAUUCAAUGCAACUGCUCCCUGGUACACAGAGCGCCAUCCUCAUCAACACUCCUCUGGACACGGGAACUUGUGGAGGCGGGGGGGAUGAUCAAAACACCGGGACAGCUAGUGCGGCCACCACCUGUUUGAUUUCGGGACUACCGGUCUCUCUGGAUUCGCUCUCCUUACCCUCGGCUCUCUUUCCAGCUUCCUCAACUCCCUCCGGUCCAGCUCUCUUUCGAACUGAGCCAGCUGCGGAUUCACCGAAUCCGGGUCUCGUUUUACCUUCCGCUUCGACACUUAUUGGCCAUGAUAGGGGCGUACAAUCCUCUGGAACAGGAGCAACGACGGUCACAACAACAACAGCGGUGCCCUUGCGGCACAUUAAGCAGGAGAGUCCCAUGGCUGCCGGACCUCCCACGCAUGUAGCAAUUCCUAUUAAUCCGAAGAAGUAG